AUGCUGAUUCCUAACUUCAAUACCACUCUAGGUGAAGAUAUGCAACCAAGUAUUGGUGAACUCUUUGGGAUAGCCUAUGAUUUAGGUGUUGUCGCACUAUAUUAUUGUAUAUUACUUAUAAUUUGUAUUUCUGUAUGCCCUGUUGUUGUUCUCAUCACUGAAUUAUUCUGUUGUCCAACAGUUUUACGUUUAUGGAGUUAUGUGAGGCAUGUGAUCUGGAUGGUUUUAGGCCCCGGUCAUGAGGGAUCAACUGACAUUGAAAUGGCUAUUGCCUAA